AAAGAGGAGGGCUGGAAAGGUGUCUGUAGCAUGGCUGCCUUGGAUAGGGGACAAGCAGAGCCAUGCGUGUUCAGCUGAGCCUGGCCUCAGAAGGUCAAUGCAGUCUCUAAAGAGUUUAAUUUUAAUUUUUUUUUUGUAAUUAAAUGUCUGUAGUGUGGUAGCAUGAUGUUACAGGUAGCAGCUGUCUGUACACUAGCUGAGAGGCGGGGAAAAGUUCAAUGGUAGUCAACAGCCUGAUGAAACUAGGGAGCAGCUGUGGGAUGUUGAGGGCUGGGAUGAAGGCUGAUCAUGUCCCUUCAUAGGGUGCAAUUAUCAGGGUCAUGUUGUUGACUCAUCUUUGUCUUUGGCAUCCAGGAGUUUGAAGCAUCUGGUGCUGAUGUCCCAGAAGCAGCAGUAUAACAGAGUACAUGGGGAGCAGGUAUUUUGGUUUCAGCCUGACCAGCUCAAGAGCUAUAUUCUGUUUUCCUGUACCACUAAAGCUCCUGUGAUAAAAGCUACUUCUGUGCUGUAUUCAUCCCACCUAACUGCAGGCUGUUAACUCCACUGAGACACGCAGAUUUAGGAAUGCACUUGUCCUAUGCUGCCCUCAUAUAAGGUGCACUCAGCACUGUGUUACCUUCUAGAAGUGACCCCCCCGCCUCUCAUUCCAGAACCCGGGUGAGGGGUCCUGCUCUGCAAGGCUCCAAACAUGGGCUUCACUGAGGCAGACCUCAAGAUAAAGCCCCACAAGCUGUGUCCGUGAAAAUCCCUUUCUCAAGAAGCAUUCUGUUCGCUCUUGCUGGCGUGAUUCAUGGAAGCUGUUCCAAGCACUGUCUCUGAAACUCCUGCCAAAGUGACCAGGGGAUGACAUGGCCCUUCUGGAAGGCUUCAGUGGAAACGUUGACCUUGUAGUCUAACGUGAGCAGAUGUUUCCCAAACACUGGAAGUGGGUUACCCUUUCCUAGCAAUUGCCUUUUUUAAAGCUAUGUGUGCCAUUAUAUUUUGUUACACAGUUAUUAACCUACUUAGAAACACUUUAAUACAAAAUGUGGAACAUGAGAUGUACAAGUGAAAAGCCUUUAGCUGAUGCUGUGCAAAAUGGGCGGAAAGCACGAUUUGUGCUAUAUUUGGAAAACAGGAAGCAAGCAGAGAAAGCAGAGCUGGUCUCACAUGUGUCUUCUAUUUCAUUUUUAAAAUAAUGACUCCAGAGAGUCUUUAAUUUUUUUGGAAAUGUCUGGCUGGUUUUCACACAGUAGUUUUUCCUUGGAGUAUAGUUAUUGGGUCAAUGUGCUUUAUUUUUGUUUUGUUUAUUGGUUGCAAUUUUUAUACUCUGCUUUUUCAGUAACUUGCACUUUGCACAAUGUGAUGUUGAACAGCUUACCCUGAUGGGCCAUCAUUGAUCAGAAAUGGCAUUAAAUGGGAGCAGAGGACCAUAGAGACCUGUGGCUAGAAUGGCAGCGAAGCUGAGGGAGCCAAUUCUCUUCCAUUUAUCCCCAAAAUUCUCUGAAAUAUGAACUCCUCUCAUGGUACAAAGCUUGCAUGAACUGAUCAGCAGGAGAAGCUAAGGAAACUGAGGCUUUCGCAUUUGAUGAAGCAUUUCUUUUGAAGUCACGCUGAAGCGAUGAGCAUGACUGUGUCGCACAGCUGCCUGUCUGCAUGGGGCAGAGCAUUUUUAGUCUUCUGAGACGCUGUCGGGAACAGGCCAAGAGAGCUACGUAUUUACCGAAACUUCAUCAAUUGAAGAUGGAAAAAAGGUGGCUCUUCUCUCUCUUUUGUUUGUUCUCAGUGCCCAGCAUUGCAGGCCAGCCUGAAGAUGUCAUUACACAAACAGAAUUGGUCCGUGCUUUGCCGGGUACUGAUGUGACUUUGGUGUGCAGCAUCCCAAAACAACACAUCACCUAUAUAAUACAGACACAGUGGUCCAAGACUGAUGACACUCAGUUUACCAGAAUAGCUGUUUAUCACCCCGUUUAUGGCACCCAUUACUUCACCUUUCCUGAGGCUUCUCACAACUUUUCGGUGUCCUUCAGUACAAGAAAGUGCUGCAACUGGGAUGUUACAGAGACUUUGUGUUCUCCCAAUCCAAAUGCCGAAAUUGAAUGCAAUCAGUGGGCUCUGCAUCUGAAAAAUGUUACCACCUCCCUUAGUGGGUGGUAUGAGUGCAGUUUUGCUACUUUCCCGCAUGGGACAAAGGCUGCAAAAAUUCAACUUAUUGUCAAGGCAGAAGAGGAGCAGCACUAUGUGAAGGAAGCGCUGUUAAACCAGACUUUAGAAAUCCCAUGCCUUGAGGACACGACCUCAGAAAAUUUGUCCAAUUACCCUUUGAAAUGGCUAGUGGAGGAAAAUGGCAGGAAAGAGGAACUUGUGACCAACUCCUGCCCUGCAGUAUACAGGAACAGCAGCGUGCCAUACAAGCAAAGAGUCUGCUUGGGCUUGAAUAAUGCUCUAAAGAUUUUCCCCACCAAAAUCAUGGAUGAUGGCAGGGUGUUUUCCUGCCAUGUGAUGUACCACCCGGAGAGAGUCUGGAAGAGCAGCACCACCGUGAGAGUAUUUGCCUACCCUGAGAUCUCUGUUAGCCUGCAGGAGGGCUCAGCUGGCACCUUGCAGAAGCCUAACGUGAGCUGCGUGGUGAGGAAGGCAUUUCCCAAGCCAAGCCUUGUGUGGUACGUGGACAGAGUGAGCCUCAUGGAGCAGCCUGGAGAAAUUUCUGUUGAACAAGAAGACUCGCAAGACAGUGAAGGUUUCCAUCAGCUGAGAUCAACACUGAUAUUGCAAGAGACUCACCAGGCACAUAAGACAUUCUCAUGUGCAUGUCUGUUUUCCUUCCUUGGGAGUGAAAAACUGAACAUUUCAUCAGAAGAAAUAUUUGUUUCAUUCGACAAUAAGUCUAAUGAAGCCUCAUCCCAAGCUUUUACCACCAUGGCUUCAGAAGGCCUUGGAAAUUCAGCACUUCCAUCAGCUGUCAUGACUACCUCAGAGCAUCACUUGACAUCUUUGACCUCUCUGGAUUUCACAAGUCAGGCAAGCUUGGCCUCUAUUUCCACAACACAAGCAGGAGCACUGAUUUCUACCACAAAGAUAAAAAGCUAUACCAGCACCACAGCAUUCACUGAGAGUUUGGCAACAGCACAUUUGAACAAUUCCACCACUGAAUCCCCUCAAAGCCUCAGGAAUGCCACACGCUCCCCUGAGAAUACAACCCUGGUGCAUCGUAACUUGUCCUUCAGCAUCACAGACCAGACAAUUUCAGUUACCAAAGAGAAAGAUUUCUUUACUACCAGCAGUCUGCUCAAUAGCACUGGCGGCAUGAAGAACAUGAAAUCCAGUCACUUCCCCUGGCCAACAGUGGUGGCCCUCCUGCUCCUCUUCUGCAGCUUUCUAAUAGCUUUAGGCAUCAGGAAAUGGUGUCGGUACCAGAAAGAGAUUAUGAACAGACCUCCGUCUUUCAAGCCACCACCACCUCCGAUAAAGUACAUGUCCAUGGUGGAGCCUGAUGGGACACCCCCAUCCUGCCACGAACUGGAGAACCUAUAACAUCGCCUACACCCCUUGUGUAGUGCACAGAAGACUGACACAGCUAAAAGGCUCUGUCUUUAAAACAGUAAUUACAGGAGUUUGGUGUUAAUGACCCAUAUUAAAAUUCAGAGUGCCUAAAUGACAUUAAUGUUGGAAGCUGAGAGCUCCUGAGGACACUUAACUCACUUCAUUCUGUCUAUCUCUAUGUAUGCAUUAUGUUAACACCACUGUGAGUGUCACAGAGAGAUUACAUGUGCUUAAUUUGAAUUGGGUGAUCAACUGGGAAUUUGCUGUCUUGUUAAUGGGAGCAGAUUAACGCAUCAUUCUGCCAGCCUGCCUGAAGAGUGUUGAAGCUUUUUGUUUUCCUAAGUGUAUAGAGAUGACAGCUCUGCCGUAUGGACACCAUGAUUACAUGUGAAUCAUUAGUGUAACACAAGCUUUUUGAUACCUACACAAGCCAUUCUUAGAAUUGUUACUUUAUUCCUCUGCAGGUAUUGACUAGUAUGAUCCAAUAUAUAAUUUUUUAUCACUGUGAAACCAAACAAAAAUAAUAUGCACCUUACGCAGAAAUAAAAUAGUCUACAUCUGUCAUCACCGGGUUGUGGCCAGGACUGCACGGAGGGUUGGUGAGAUGAAAGGGCACAGUGGAAGUGUUCACGAAGAAGACUCUGUUGCCGUUGGAGAAGUCAGAAGAAAGAGUUAACUUUGGACUCAUGUACAAGCCACCUAUGGACCAAAGACUUAAGGACUGAAGUGAAUAAGGACCACAAGGGUAGUGGAAAAUGCCAGUCCAUUUGGAACUGCCGUGCCUUUGAAACAAUAAUUACUUUUGUAUGUGCUUUUCUGAAAUUAUAUUUAAGGUACAUGUGAAGAAAAAAAAAGGAAUAUAAUAGUUUUCUUUUCCUUUGUUCUUAAUGAGUGUCUGGCAUUUGCUACCUUCACAGUCUUCAGGACCUCAGGGGUAGUUUCCCAGGUGGCUUAAACCUGCAGAAGGGAUGGUCCAGACUCACCCUUAUCCUGCCCAGGCUACCUAUUUCCUUCCACUGACACCAAUGAUUUAAUGACUGUGCUGGGGGUGGGAUCAGCUUAAGCCACUGCACAGUUCUCAGCCAGGUCAGCAGCCGGGUGAUCACUAAUGCAAGGCAUGAGAGAUACAGCAGGAACAAUGCUUUUUGGCAGCCAAGAAACUGUCCCUCCAAGCUUAGUUGAAAACAUAUUUUUACCACAAUGGUAUUUCUGUAAUUAAUGCAAAUCAACUAAAAUUCAAUUAUGUCAAGCUUAAAAUUGAUAUUCUGAUUUAGGAAUGGGAUUUGUCUUAUUUACUGCUAAGUGCUGGUCGAUGAGUAUCAGGGUUCAGAGCACUGCAUUUCCCGGGACUUCAGAUGAAUGAAUCACUUACUGGAAAGAAUAAUCUCACAGACAUUUUAAAAGUAUUUUGUUGUGUCAUUUACAUUAUAGCACAAGCAGUUCUAAACCC